AACCAAACCACCAUAUUAAAUGCCAGACCAGAACUCAAAUGAAUCAGUCAAGAAGAAGAACUGUGAAGUAGCUAGAGGAAAGAAAGCAAGGAAGUGAUCCCAAGAAAUGGAGGAGUUUUCAACAGAGGAGCCAACACCCAAACAGAAGAUUACAGUAGCAGCUUAUUCUUCUUCUGAAGGAGGCCACUGCAAUUUUCUUGAUCGAGCCAUUAAUGGUAUCCUCAAGUGCCUGGGUUUCUACCCUUUCUCUGAAUUUUCACCCAAACUAGAUGAAGAUACCAACAAGACUCAUCAAAACACUUCCUAUGAUGUCUCUGAAGUUGGAAUGAAAACACAAGAAGAUGAAGCAGUCAAAUCAGUAGUGGCAAGAGGAACCAUUCUCAGAGGUAGAAGCCCAACUUCGCCGACCAUAGGCAGUGGAAGUAAUCCCCAGAUCAACUGAUCCACUCCUUAAUUUCAACUUUAUAUGUAGUUCUGCAAGUUAAGCAUCAAGUGGAUCCAGUGAUCCUUGUUUGCGGGAGAAGAGGAUAAGAAUCAUAUACCAUAUUUUUAUGUAUCAUUUGAAUUGACCAUGUAUAGGUGGCUCUUCAAUAGUUGUUUCUUUAUAGGAUGUUGUAAUCUCUCUUGUUAUAUAUGGUUGUUUCCUCUCUAA